AUGGAGAUUCAAGAGCACCGAUGCGAUUCGUUGUCGGAAACAGAAAGCACAGGGGUUGGCCAUAGCGGUCCGUUAAGCGGACCCCUAGUGACCAACAAGAGGAACAACAGCACCAAAAGAAGUGCAAGGUUCAAGGCCAGCGAUCAAGAAGAAUGCUACGUUGAAAUCACGUUGGAUGUUCGCGACGACAGCGUCUUGGUGCACAACAUCAGAGGAGGCGACUCUGAGACUGCAAUGCUAGCGAGCAAGAUAGAGAGAAGGCCUUCAUCGCUGUCUCUUGGCUCCCAACUCUCAUUCAGAUUGAGACAAGUGUCCCAGGAACUGAAGCGCAUGACAUCUUCCAAGAGCUUCAAGAGGGUCGAUAGGACCAAGUCCGGGGCUGCUCGUGCACUCAAGGGGCUCAAAUUCAUGACCAAAAAUGUGGGCAGCGAAGGCUGGUCAGAAAUCGAAACAAGGUUUGAUGAAUUGGCUGUCGAUGGCACUCUUCCUAAGUUGAAGUUUGCCCAAUGUAUAGGGAUGAACGAGUCGAGCGAGUUCGCUGGCGAGUUGUUCGACGCGUUGGCUCGUCGGAGAGGCAUAACAGCAGGUUGUGUGACCAAGGAUGAGUUGAGAGAAUUUUGGGAGCAGAUUUCAGAUAUCAGCUUUGAUGCCAGGCUACAAACCUUCUUUGACAUGGUGGACAAAAAUGCAGACGGUCGAAUCACAGAAGAAGAGGUGAAAGAGAUUAUUUCCUUAAGUGCCUGUGCUAAUAGGCUGUCACAAAUUCAAGAACGAGUUGAGGAAUAUGCAGCUUUGAUCAUGGAAGAGCUGGACCCGGACAACAUCGGAUACAUUGAGUUGUACAAUUUGGAAAUGCUACUUCUCCAAGGCCCAACCCAAUCAACGAACCUCGUCACGGACAGUGGUAUCCAGAGCCAGUUGCUAAGCCAAAAACUAGUCCCAACCAAAGAGCACAACCCUAUACGGCGGUGGUACAGGAGGCUGGCCUACUUCAUGGAGGACAAUUGGAAGCGGAUUUGGGUCAUUGCCCUAUGGAUUUCGAUCUGUUUGGGCCUAUUCACUUGGAAAUUCAUCCAGUAUAAGCAUCGGGCCGUCUUCGAUGUAAUGGGCUAUUGCGUGUCCAUAGCCAAGGGUGAAGCUGAGACCCUCAAGUUCAACAUGGCCCUAAUUCUCCUACCAGUUUGUAGAAAUACAAUUACUUGGCUAAGGAGCAAGACCAAGUUAGGGGUUAUAGUUCCCUUUGAUGACAACAUCAACUUUCAUAAGGUAAUUGCAUUCGGGAUUAUAGUCGGAGUAGGUCUACAUGCAGGGUCACAUUUGACAUGUGACUUCCCUAGGCUACUACACUCGACAGAUGAGGAAUACGACCCAAUGAAGCCAUUUUUUGGCAACAAAAGGCCAGACAACUAUUGGUGGUUCGUAAAGGGCACGGAGGGCUGGACCGGGGUGGUGAUGGUGGCACUAAUGGUAGUGGCCUACACAUUAGCACAACCAUGGUUCCGUCGCAAUCGGCUCAGCCUUCCCAAAACCCUGAAAAGACUAACCGGGUUCAAUGCCUUUUGGUACUCACACCACCUAUUUGUUAUAGUCUACAUCCUCUUUAUCAUCCACGGAUACUUUCUUUACCUCUCCAAGAAUUGGGACAAAAAAACUACGUGGAUGUAUUUGGCAGUCCCAAUCCUACUCUAUGCAUGUGAACGCUUAAUUCGCGCAUUCAGGUCUGGCUAUAAAACUGUUAGGAUCUUGAAGGUCGCAGUUUACCCUGGAAAUGUUUUGGCUCUGCAUAUGUCAACACCACAGGGGUUUAAGUACACUAGUGGCCAAUAUAUUUAUGUCAACUGUUCAGCUAUUUCCCCAUUUCAAUGGCAUCCUUUCUCAAUUACUUCGGCUCCUGGAGAUGAUUACCUAAGCAUACAUAUUCGAACAUUAGGUGACUGGACAUCGCAGCUCAAAUCCAUUUUCGCUAAGGUUUGUCAGCCUCCAUCUAGCGAACAGAGUGGCCUUCUAAGAGCUGAUAUUGCACCUGGCAAUGUGAAACUCAGGAUGCCAAGACUCCUAAUUGAUGGUCCCUAUGGUGCUCCAGCACAAGACUACAAAGAGUACGAAGUCCUUCUGCUUGUGGGCCUAGGAAUUGGGGCCACUCCUCUGAUUAGCAUAGUCAAAGAUGUGCUUACCAACAUUAAGCAACAAAAGGAAACAGAGGGUUAUCGAGGGAAUAUGGUAGAGAAUAAUGGUGCUAACAAAGACAACAAAAGAAAGUCUUUUGUCACCAAACGAGCUUACUUCUAUUGGAUCACAAGAGAGCAAGGCUCGUUUGAGUGGUUUAGGGGUGUCAUGGAUGAGGUGGCUGAAAAUGACAAAGAUGGUGUCAUUGAGCUCCACAACUACUGCACAAGUGUGUAUGAAGAAGGAGAUGCUCGAUCAGCCCUAAUUACAAUGCUUCAAUCUCUUAACCAUGCCAAAAAUGGCGUCGACAUAGUUUCGGGGACUAGGGUUAAGACGCAUUUUGCUAGACCAAAUUGGCGCAACGUUUUUAAGCAUGUAGCUGUUAAGCACACAAAUCAACGAGUUGGAGUAUUUUACUGUGGUGCACAUGGAUUAGUUGGGGAGUUAAAGAGGCUAGCUCAAGACUUUUCCAGGAAAACUGAGACCAAGUUUGAUUUCCACAAGGAGAAUUUUUGA